GCUCUCCGGGACGCGCGCUUGGAGAGCGCACGGCCUCGGCGGGGGCUUCUGGCCACGGCGGGCCGGCGGCGGGGGCUCAGUCGGCGGGCUCCCCAGCUUCUCCUGAGACUCCUUCCCACAACCGACGCCCCACCUCCCUCGCACACUUCCUGUCGCCUCCCACCUCCACCCCGAGGACCUCCUUGCAAGUUCAAAGAUCAUGCUGGAGACUGGCGCUUCGGAUCCAAGAUCUCCCCGUCCACUCCACAAACGCGCACAACACACCCGCGGUUCCGAGGGGGCCCCGAGGGCUUGGCCUUCUCGGGAGAAAGCCAUCCCGUCGGUGCCCAAACCUUCCUGGUUUGUGCUCGGGCCCCUGGAGCCCCGCUGGCAGAGGGGAGCUACUGGCAGAGUAGUCUCCGACGCCCCCGCUGCGCCUCGCCAUGAAAACCGUGCGGAAGCAGUGGCUGGAAGCAAUAAGCGCCUACCAGCUCGUGCUGUCUUUCCUCUUCAUGGGUCCUUUCUUCUCCCUUCUCCUCCUCUUCCUCCUCUUCACUCCACUCUGGUCUUUCUCUGUUCUCUACUUGGUGUGGUUCUUCCUGGACUGGGACACUCCCAACCGAGGUGGAAGGCGCUUUGCGUUCGUGAAAACCUGGAGUAUGUGGAAAGAGCUAAGGGAUUAUUUUCCGGUCAAGCUGGUGAAAACAGCAGAGCUGCCCCGGGACCGGAACUAUGUGAUCGGUGGUCACCCACACGGGAUCAUGAGCGUGGGAAAUUUCACUAAUUUCAACACGGAGAUGAACGACUCCUCCAAGCACUUCCCCGGGAUUCGGCUCACGUUGGCGGGACUGAGCUUCAUCUUCUACUUACCGAUCUACCGAGACUAUAUCUCGUCCUACGGAAUUUGUUCUGUGAAUCGGAGGAGCCUGGACUUUAUUCUCUCUCAGCCCCAGCCAGGGCAGGCUGUGGUCAUCAUAAUUGGGGGCGCCCAGGAGGCCCUGUAUGCAAUCCCAGGGACGCACCACCUCGUUCUGCGGAAUCGCAAAGGCUUCGUGCGCCUGGCACUGAGACACGGCGCCUCCCUGGUGCCCGUGUACUCCUUUGGAGAGAAUGAUAUCUUCCAUCUGAAGGCUUUUGCCCCCGGCUCCUGGCAAUACCUGUGCCAGGUUGCCUUCAAGAAGCUCACGGGAUACUCACCUUGCAUCUUCUGGGGUCGCGGACUCUUCUCAGCCAGCUCCUGGGGCCUGCUGCCCUUUGCCAGGCCCAUCACCACCGUGGUGGGCCGCCCCAUUCCGGUGCCCCAGAUCCUCUGCCCCACCGAGGAGGAGGUCAACCACUACCACAGGCUCUACAUGCAGGCCCUGGAGACACUGUUUGAGGAGCACAAGGAAAGCUGUGGCGUCCCUGCCUCAACUCACCUCACCUUUAUCUAGCCUCUUCCCCGCCCCCCAGCCCCCAGCCCCCUGGGACCUCCACCUAUGGCCAGCUGUACCACUCCAAUAAACGCUCUUUCUCUCCCACCA